AUGGAGCUACACGCCUGCCAGCCCGUCGUUGCACCAUGCCGUGUUCAGUUGAGUGGUGCGCAAAAGAGAAAACGUGCAAAAGAGAAUGAGCAAAAUAAUCUGUCUGUUGUAGCCAAGACAGGAAAGCUGACAGAUUUCUUCUUACAAACUGCAGAGAAAGAUGAUCCAGAUCAAAACCAGUGUCAGUCUUCAGAGACAGCAAGUGAAUCAAAUCUAUCUCCUUCAUCAGAAACAGGCAGUGUUGGUGCAAGGCCAGAUUUUCAUGAUGACGUUGCACAUGAUGAAAUGCCACAACCUGGACCUAGUUCUACGACAAGAUGUGUAAAUGCUUUUGAACUGUCCAAGGAGUUUAGAGAACUGACCAAGGAUGAAAUGAACAAAGCUAAGGACCCAGGGUUGUGGGAUGAAUUUUAUGGUGAUGAUGUGACUUAUUGGGUUGCUUGUGGACCCAGUGAAUGUCAGCACCACAAUGGGCCAUUUGACAAAUCGUGUCGCAAUUUCAUCAGUGGGAAGCCAAAGAGAUACUGUUCACAGAAAAUCUUUUUUGGAAUAAAAGCCAAUGGUGAACACUACAAGAGAGAAUGGCUGUUGUACUCUCCUUCAAAAGGAUCAGUUUACUGUUUUGUUUGUAAACUAUUUGCGCCCAAAGGGUCAACGCAUUUUGCUAGAAAUGAAGGAUUCAGUGACUGGCGAAACACUGCUGUAAUUGACAACCAUGAAAAAAGUACAACUCACCGAGAUGCCAUGUUGAUAUUUAACUCAGAAACAAGGCUUAGGCAGCCACUGGAAAAACAAAUUGAAGAGGAGUACAAUUACUGGGAGAAUGUGCUUUGGCGUGUUGUAGCAGUCAUUUGCACACUGGCUGAACGAGGAUUGGCAUUCCGAGGAAAAGUGGUAAAAUUUGGGUCUCUCAAUAAUGGGAAUUAUUUGGGGCUACUCGAAUUGAUAAGUCAGUUUGACCCAUUCUUGCACAUAUCACGGUAUGGCAAUGCUGGAAAAGGCAACCCUUCGUACCUGUCCAAAACGAUAUGUGAGGAACUUAUUGAGUUAAUGGCAAAGAAAGUGCACUCCAUCAUCAUUGACGAAAUUAAUGUUUCUGGGUACUUCAGUCAGUCUGUGGACUCAACGCCUGAUCUUUCGCAUGUUGACCAACUGAGCAUAGUGCUCAGAUACUUGCAAGAUGGACAGCCAGUUGAACGAUUUAUCACAUUUUUGGAAUUACAAAACCACACUGGUGAAGCUAUGGCACGGCAGGUGUUGAAGUACUUAUGUGAUGAUUGUAAAUUGGAUUUUGCUAAAUGCAGAGGGCAGUCAUACGACAAUGCUGCCAACAUGUCUGGACGUUACAAUGGCAUGCAGCAAAAACUUUUGGAUGCAAAUCAGUUUGCCAUUUAUGUACCCUGUGCAGCUCAUUCACUAAAUUUAGUUGGACGAAGUGCUGUGGAUUGCUGUCAAGUUGCAGUAGAUUUCUUUUCCACUGUACAACUGCUCUACACAUUCUUUUCAGCCUCAACUGCUCGGUGGAGAAUUCUCAAAGAUUGCAUUGGAAAUGAAAAAGUGUUGAAAUCACUUUCAGAAACCAGAUGGGAAGCACAUGCUGUGGCAACUGCAGCAAUUAUCAACUCUUUCUUCAAGAUUCUGGAAGCUUUGGAAGAUUUAUCAGAUGACCAGUUGCAAAAAGGUGACACUAGAAGGGAGGCAAAGAAUAUUGCAAACAAGAUGCAAGAACUGGAAUUUGUGUUCAUGCUGAGUUUUUGGAAUGCAACUUUAGAAAAGUUUCAUAGAACAAGUCAACUUCUUCAAAGUGAAAAUGUGAUCUUGCAAACAUUUGCAGAUUUGUAUUCAUCAUUGGCAGACCAGUUGCACACAUCAAGAGAUGAGUUUGAGAGAUUUGAAUCACUUGCAAAGAACAUGCUCCCUGAUGUAGAAUACAAAGCAACUCAAAUGCGUAAGCGUAUAAGAAAGAGAAUGCCCAACGAUGGAAAUGCACCAGAGGUCAUUCUCAGUGCCAGAGACAAAUUCCGUAUCUCCACUUUUUAUGUAAUUGUUGAAAAGUUAGAAACGGAAAUGAGGAGGAGACGAAAGGUGUACACUGAAAUAGCAGACAGAUUCUCUUGUCUGACAGAUGUUCCUAAUGCCACCCAACAAGGUGCUAAUUCCCAAUUAUCAGAAAGUGAAAGGUACUCAAAGACUUGUCAGACACUCAUUGAUGCUUGUCCAGAUGACAUGAACAACACUUUGUCUACAGAGCUUCAGCAGUUCCAUUCAUAUGUUCUUCAUAAGUUUAAAACAACCAAGAAAACAUCUUUCACUCACAUGGAACUUUACAACACAAUUACAGAAGACAAACUAGAGAGUGCCUUUCCAAAUGUUGAAAUUGCCUUAAGAAUAUUUUUAACAUUAAUGGUCACCAACCGUACAACAGAGAGGUCUUUCUCACAACUGAAACGUGUAAAAAACCCAAAUAGAUCAGUUAUGCUUCAAGUUAUGACUCGACUCGCUGUGUAUAUUAACAAUUCAUGCAGACAUUCUGAGAAGCAUUAA